GGGGGAGGUAGGGAGGACCAAAAGAGGGCAAAGUCGCUACUACGUAACGUAGGUUAACGCAAUGGAGCCAGCGAGCCGCCGCUAGCUGCGCGCACACGACACCGUGAACACCCCGACCUCCAUCUCUCUGUGACGGUACUAUUCAAAAAGGAAAAUAUGGCUCACAGGCUGCUACUGCGCAGAGUUUUGACGCUCUCUGCCAAAGACGUCCGCAGCCCCCCCCCAGCAGCAUCCGCCGCCGCCGCCUCCUCUUUCUCCUCCUCUUCCUCCACCUCUUCCCUGCAGUGUGCGUCAAGCCGGGCGUCCUUCCUCUCGCCUCGCUCCCUCCCUCCCUCCCCCCGCCGGGACGUCUCCUUCAACGUCCAGGACCACGAGGACUUCACGGAAAGGGUGAUCAACAGCGAGCUCCCGGUGCUGGUUGACUUCCAUGCGCAGUGGUGCGGUCCCUGUAAGAUCCUUGGGCCGCGGUUGGAGAAGGCCGUUGCGAAACAGAAAGGCCGCGUUGCCAUGGCAAAGGUCGACAUCGACGACCACACAGACCUGGCCAUCGAGUACGGGGUGUCUGCCGUCCCCACCGUGAUCGCCAUUCGUGGAGGCGACGUCGUCGACCACUUUGUGGGGAUCAAAGACGACGACGAGCUGGACUCAUUUGUCGGCAAAGUCAUCGGCUAGCAACCCAGCUUGUAGCCAACCCCGCCAUUCAACGCCAUCACGUAGCAGUUGUGUGUGGUGGCAAACGCUCAGAACGCUCACACCCAUCCCUAGACCAACCGCGUCUGCAUCAUUGCUUCUGUCUUUUUUUUCUUUUCU